UCCCCUGGUCAAUCAGCAUGAGCUGGUGGGGCUUGUGCCCUUCUUCAAAUCAACAUACACACCCCCCAUUCCUUUCCCCCACCCACCCCUCCCAACCCUUCCCUGGUUGGUCGAGGCGGUCGUAAGCCCAUCCGCCGCCGCUCCACCCCCGCCGCACCUACAUUCCGGCCGCCCACAACAUUGACAGAAACAAUCUCUCUACACUGUUAUUCUUGAAAGUACAAAUUAAAAAGAAAAACAAGAGAACAUGGGUGUCUCAAAAGGAAAAGAUAAAUCGUUGACGUUGUCGUCAUCAUCAUCGAUGUCCUCAUUUCCAAAAGGUAAAGAUAAAUCGUUGACGUUGUCGUCGUCGUCAUCGAUGUCCUCAUAUGAGUCGGAAAAUGAGGAGCUCCAGCGUCUGGAGCAGGCGCCGCCAUUCUGGAAGAACCGCAAGAAGCUGUCCAAGCAAUUGUCAAUGUGUGAGAUGCCUCGUGACAUUGCAUGGGAGAGGCGACGCCGCCAGAUUGUCCGCCAGGAGCAGAGGAGGAAUUCCAUUCACGAUACCGAGGGCCUGACCGACGAGGAUCUCAAUGAGCUGAAAGGAAGUAUAGAGCUAGGGUUUGGGUUCAACGAAGAGGAUGGACAAGGGCUAUGCAACACCUUGCCUGCUCUUGACUUCUAUUUUGCGGUGAAUCGGCAAUACUCAACCAGCCCGGUCUCGUCGCCGGGCAGUAGAGGCUCGUUGACGUCUCUUGGCGGGUCCUCCAUAUCUCUCGAAGGACAAUCAUCGGCUGUUGGAAGUCCAAGGAGUGAGUCUGAUCCAUGGAAGAUAUGUGGUCCAGGUCUAUACAUUUUACAAAUAACAAUCAUAUACUUACAACCCAAAAAAUUUGAAGUAUGUUAUUUGCCAACCAAAAAAAAAAUAAGAAAGAAAAAUACUCUUGAUCUCUUUCCAUUGACAUUGAUUAGUGAUAAUCCUCAACAGGUGAAGACCAAGUUGAGGCAUUGGGCUCAAGCAGUUGCAUGUUCUGUGAUGCAGUCAUCUAAUUGAAGGGUGGGUUGUAUUGUACAGAAAGAGAGAGAGAAGAUAGAGAGAGAAGGAGACAGAGUAAUUGACAAAGAUUAAACUAGGGUUUUCUGGGUAAUUAAUUUAUUACCCUGAAGGCUAUGGAGUGGAGUAAAUCAACUUUGUUAAUUGAUUUGAAGACAGCUUUAUUAGAGAGAGAACCAUACAAUUGCUUAUUCAUUAGUUUUCUAUUUGAAAUCUGUAUAUCUUCUGCCUCCCAAUGUGGAAGGUAAUAUUUCAAAUGCAUAUGUAAGUUUCUUGUUAAGAAAAAAAUAAAAAAUAAAAAAAAUAAUAAUAAAAUCUGUAUCAAAUAUAUUGUCACUUAAACAUAGUUGGGGUGGCAAUGGGCUUGCAAUAAUUUAUAUGAGAAUUGUUAAUCACCAGCAUAUAUAUGCGUGUGUUUGUGUGUCUGGUAGGACUUCAAUUAACACCAAUUCCCUGUAUUUACACGAACAAAUAUUUAGGGGAAAGGUAAAAAAAACGC